AUGUACCAAGGCUUCCCCGGUGACUACGACUCGGGUUCCCGCUGCAGCUCCUCGCCCUCGGCCGAGUCCCAGUACCUUUCCUCGGUCGAUUCCUUCGGGAGCCCCGCGGCAGCGGCGGCCGCGCAGGAGUGCAGCGGCCUGGGGGACAUGCCUGGCUCCUUCGUGCCCACGGUGACGGCCAUCACCACCAGCCAGGACCUGCAGUGGCUGGUGCAGCCCACCCUCAUCUCCUCGGUGGCCCAGUCGCAGCCCCUGGGGGCACCCAUGGCGCACCCCCCUCCCACCGCCCCUGUCGAUCCCUAUGACCUCCCGGGACCCAGCUACUCCACGCCAGGCAUGGGUGCCUUUGCCACGGGGCCAGCGGCGCCGCCAGCACGUCCCACCCGCGCCCGGCCCCGGCGCAGCCGCGAGGAGACGCUGACACCGGAGGAGGAGGAGAAGCGCCGCGUACGGCGGGAGAGGAACAAGUUGGCGGCGGCCAAGUGCCGUAACCGGCGCCGGGAGCUGACGGAUCGGCUGCAGGCGGAGACAGACCAGCUGGAGGAGGAGAAAGCCGAGCUGGAGUCGGAGAUCGCUGAGCUGCAGAAGGAGAAGGAACGGUUGGAGUUUGUCCUGGUGGCCCACGCCCCCGCCUGCAAGCUCCCCUUCGAGGACGUCGGCUCCUUGGGUGCCGGCCCCGCCGAGGUGAGCACCCUGGGCAAGGAAGAGCCGGCGGGGACCGUCGCCUUCCUACCCCCGGGUCCGUUCCAGCCGAGCGCCCAGGGCCCCUUCCCCAGCUGCUGCUUCGCACCCGGGGUCCCCUCGGGGCCACCUAACCCAUCCUAUACGUCUUCGUUUGUGUUCACCCACCCAGAGGGAGCCACCUGCGGAGCCUCGCAUCAGCGGAGCAGCAGCAGCGACCAGUCCUCGGACUCCUUGAAUUCUCCCUCGCUCCUCGCGUUGUGA